AUGCUGGAGUCCAUCUGUGUCACCGAAAAACUUCAUUGGCCUAAGACAGAGCUUUCUAGGAAAUCAGUCCUGAGUCUGGAAGUACACAAGCUGAACAUUAAUAAUGAAAACAGCCUCCAGCAUCCUACUUCUGGCAUCCUUAAGGACAUUUUCACAACAGGGACCAGUAGCUACAACGUCCUUCUGCAGAGCAAAGAGGAGAAAAAACACCACGCUCAGAAGCAGCCGUCCUCGCACCACAAGAAGCACCGGAGAGCCGCCGCCAAGCGCUCCUGCAGCCCGCGGGGCAGCCGCGGGAAGGCGCCGCUGUCGCUGCCGGGCGGGCGGCGCUGCGGGCCCCGGCAGCCGCCGCUGCUCAGCAAUGGCCCCGCGGCCGCCGCCCUCGGCAGCGCCCCGGCCCCGCCGGCCCGGCCCCGGAGCAGAGCUAAGAAGCACUCCAGCCUCGCAAAGCCAAAGCAGGCCCCGGCCUCCAAAGGCCAUGGGCAGCAGGGCGAUGCCGCUGGGCAGAAGCUGUGUUUGCUGACUGCCAUCAAGCCGUCCAACGUGGAGAAAGAGAAGGUGAAGUUUUUCGACUCGGAUUUCACGUACAAUCCUCAGUUUGAAUAUGAAAACCCUGCUCUGCCAAAUGUGUUAGCUAAGCACAGCCAUGCGUCCGACAGAUUUCUUAAGCAGUCCAUUAACAUUAUGAAGCGGACAUUGCAGAAAUAUGGAAGCUAUGAAAAAUUUGAACAGGCCACUGGAGGCAGCUUGCUGACCAAAAGUCGUAUCUGGAAUCACGUCAGGAAGUACAUGGUGAAAGAAGGCUGUCUUGGUGAGAUUGUGGUCCAUCUCACGGAGGACCUGCUGUCGCGAGCCUCCAUGACGGUGGUGAACGGCCGCCCCACUCUGACCAUCAAUGUCUCCACCGCGCGCGAGCACUGGCUGGAGGGCAUGCUGAGACACGAGAUUGGAACUCAUUACUUUCGGGGUUUCAACAACAACAGCCAGCCUUGGUGCAACCGCAAUGGCCGUAGGAAACACGGGUUAAAGCCCAUCAACCCCACGGAAGAGGGGCUAGCGAGCAUUCACAGCGUCCUGUUCCGCAAAGACCCUUUUCUUUGGAGAGCUGCCCUGCUCUACUACACGGUGUACCAGGCAAGCCAAAUGUCCUUCAGUCAGCUUUUCCAGGAUGUGGGCAAAUUUGUCAAGGACCCCAACACUAGGUGGGAUUACUGCGUACGGGCCAAGAGAGGGUGGACUGACACCUCACAACCAGGCUGUUUCAAUAAGGACCAGGUGUACUUGGAUGGCAUCCUCCGAAUCCUGAGAUACAGGGAGUCCAUUGAUUUCCAUCUUCUGACAGCCCUUGGAAAGAUCUCCUAUGAGGACGUGGAUCGCCUGAAAGGAUUGGCUGUGAUUGAGAACAUGAGGGUGCCACACUUUUUGCAAGACCACGCCCGGUACAUGGAACACUUGAAAAAGAUCAUGGAAGUCAAUGAGCUGACUGAUGAGGAGCUCCAGGAUCUCAUAAAUUAACAGUAUUAGACAUCCAUUCACUUACUGUGUGAGCAUGUGGAACUGGACUUCCCAGAGCUUGC